GGGUCUUGGUUGAUGUUGAUUUCGAACGAUGAUGGAGAAGCUACGAUUUAAUUUCCGCUAAUUUAUGAUCCUCUCGUUCUCGCCGAGCACACUCUUGUUUUCUCGAAUCGAGUGCAUUUUCUGCUCGCCCGCCCACAGAGUGUACCGAUGUGGUGCUCCGUUCCUAGGUGCGCGCGAGCUCGCUUCUGGUGGACGGACUGGUGAAGGUGGCUAGAACGGAAGGGACACAGAGAGAGAGAGAGAGAGAGACACGCAUAGAGAUAGUGAUGGAGAUGUAUCUGUGGCAAACAAUAUAUUGCGACAGAGUUACAGACUAUAACCACCGUCGCUAGCGCGUGCACGCGAAAGAGGGAGGAGAGAGAGAGAGAGAGAGAGAGAGAGAGAGAGAGAGAGAGAGAGAGAGAGAGAGAGAAGGUUCCCUUUGUUACUCCUUUUCAACUUCGUAACGGCCUUACUUUUUCUUUGUACAGGGUGGAAGGCUGCUGCCGGUUAGUCAGUAGUUGAGCGAAACGUGCCGACGCACACCCGCCUUCUUUGAAGAAGCACACUUGCACGCUACCGAGUAGAAGUCGACAGGGAAAGACAGGGAGGAACAGUAUGAGAACUCGUGGGGCGAAGGUGUUAGGGUUAGCGCAGCCUUAGCGACGAAUAGGGCGGGAGCGAACUGGAUCAUGUGGAUGACGGCAGGGUAAACCACACUCAGAAAAGAGCUUUAGCGUAACAAGAAUGAUCUUGGCAGCUGGCAGUGUCCAUCCGCAGGCUAAAUGGUAUGUGGGUCUAAGGCAAGGACGAAAGAAGAGGGCUCUCACUGCAAAGGAACGGCAUAUGCGAAUCAUACAUUUGUCACGCCGUUCCUUGGCGGCAAAUUGGCCAUUCUACGUGUCCAAGCCAUUAACACUAAGAAUCACUGUGCAUGGAGAAUAUACAUACACAGCAAGAGAACAGAACAUACACGCCGCUCUGGCGACCGUUUCGCUUAUCCUUCUUAGCAGCGACAGGGUUGUGCCAGCCAUAAUGCAAGGGAGCGUGCUGCUUGCCAUCUGCAUGUGGGACUCGGCGGCACGUUAGACUCGUUAGUAGUAGUAUGGGUGAUGGGCCCGCCCGAUCAUAGUGCCAUUACUCAGAUAGUUGCCUGUGUCAAGUAUCCCCGACAAAAGCCGUGUAGUGGGCAAGCAUUUACAAAGUGCGGGCACGGAUUGGAAGCUGAUUGUCAAUGCUCUCACCUGGGAAGAGGAUGAGGCAUCUAAAGUUGGCGAUGAGGCUGACUGACGCUCGAUGCUCUCGCCCAGGACAGCGUGACACAUCUGAAACUGCUACUUGGGGAUGAGGCUGACUGACUGACGCUCAAUGCUCUCUCCCAGGACACAGCGUCACACGUCUGAAAUCGGCGCUUGCUUGGUAAUUGCAAAUUGGAGGACGCCAAGGAGGGUAAGUCCUGCUUUGCUGUGUACUUCUUUCUGGGUGUUGUUGCCAAACUGGGUCAUCGGCAUGAUCGAACAGAUCGCCUUCACAGGCGUCAGGUUGGCAUAUAUGAUUGCCAUGCCAAGAAUUUCGGUGUUAUGUAAAUGUCAUGGGGGUAGGCUUGCAUGUAUGUGCUAGCAGCGAAUGUAUAGUCCGGAAAGAUUCCGAAGACCAUGCAUGCGGACAUUUGAGAUCACGUGCGUUUGUAGUUAGUACUUGAUAACUUUUGUAAUCGUCAUCUCGCACGAUAGCACUCCACUCGCGAUCCUGCAUUGCAGGCGUGGCCCUCACUGACGCUGCCAUGUGCCAUUUGCGACUAGGACUCGCCAAUAGGUAAAGCGGCCUUCACGUGUUGCCGCCAGUCCUGGUCUGUUUCUCAUCGGGCACCUGCAUCAUCACUGACGUAUAACGUGUGCAGCAGCCUGUCAACAUGGACAACUGCUGCAAGCGUUGCCCUUGCUCAGGGGCGCGGAUGCAGGGAGGGACCACUACUAAAGUUUCAUUGCAGGUGUAAGUGGAGCCAGCGAGGGGGGAGGUUCGGAGCGGUGCUGCCGAAGAAACCGUGCUCACUAUGUUGAGGAGACUCGCGCACAGCGGUGGUGGAGCAGUGCCUGCAACGCACAGAAGAUGUGUGGGGCUGGUUGGAGGAACCAACCAGAGUGGGGGGUGGCUGUGAAUGUGGCUGACUCUGAAUGAAGGCGAGACGAGAGAGGAGACGGGGGAGUGCUCUUCUUGACUCCUGAGAGAGAGAGAGAGAGAGAGAGAGAGAGAGAGAGAGAGAGAGAGAGAGAGAGAGAGAGGUAGAGGUGGUGCAGAGGUGGAUGUGAGCCACAGAGAGAGAGAGAGAGAGGUGGUGCAGAGGUGGAUGUGAAUGGCUCUAUGCGGUUGAGGUUUGAGCAGUACGUUAUUGAUCCGCUCGGUAUUUGUUAUACUGAAAAUGUGCAGUGCUCUUCUUGACUCCUGUGUGUUUGGGCGCUUAUGCAUGUGAGUCAUUUGCUUGCUUUGAUACGCGCACAAGGUAGGCAAUUUAAUUUGUUUGUGGGAUUUUGCAUGUGUCACAGCUUCUGAUAUCAGCUUCGAACUCCAGUGCUUUGCUUUAUGGUGAUGAUGGUAAUGACAUUGACGACAUGGGGGAUGGAAUACUUGUUUAAGUUCUAAUGUAUCCUAGUGCAACUGGCACCCAAAACAUGGCAACUUGGCAGGUCUUGAUCUUUGUCGGUCUGCCGACACCUUGAGCGUAUAGCGUGAAGGGAAACGACAUGGGAAGUGAAAAAGGUGGGGUUGUCUUCUGAGCUGACCUGCCUCCUACGGCGUCUGGAGGUUCAUGAAGAUUGUUGAUCCUGCAUGACGGUAGUACUUGCCAAUUGCAUUUUGUUGCACUUUAAGAGUGCGAACUUGUACACCGUCGGAGGGGCCUCCAGAGUUGAUUACCUGCCCUGAGAUCGUAUCCCUGACCUUUCUCCUCUUCUCCAGCGUAGAUUACCUGAUCGUAUCCUUCCCCUCCCUCGCCUCUUGCCCCGUUUGCACGUACUUUCUCUCUGGGUGUGUUCCCCCUCGGAUGGAGCUUGGGUUGUCCGUUGUAGGGCUUGGCACCUGCAGGGUCGGUCGGUGUCUUGUUUUGGGGUUGGAUAAGAUGUGUCGACUGCCUGGAUGCUGCAUUAGCCUACGUACCACCGUGGAGUUAUUUCCGUGGAAAAAAAUAAUCUAUCUUUUUUUUGUUCACUUUAUUUUGGUCAGCAGUGUGCACUUCGAGUUGCAGGUAUUUGCAGUGUUGACUCUGAACCCCAUACAGGGAGCAUGCUACCUGGUAUGAUGAAGUGAUUGCAGUGAGCGGAAGAGAGGGAGAGAAGAUGUGAGGAGAGCAGAGAGAAUGAAGAGCAGCGGUAGAGUGAGCGAGUUUAGUGAGCGAGUGAGUGGAAAAGAGGGAGAGAGGAGAUUGUGAAAUGGGUACAAGAAUGAUUGAGCAGCCGUGGAUUUAUCCCAUUCAAGGGGAUGAUUUGAAGGGGAUGAAGGGUGAUGGUAGUCGUGUAUGUGCUGAUACCUAGAAGGACACACCGAAAAGUUGCGUGGCUUCAACUUGGAGAGGUGCGAUGGUGUGCGCUAGGCAAUGCAUCUUGCACAUUCGUGUCAUUCGUGUCAUUCAUUUCUGCUCUUUGUGGAACCCCUUUAUC